ACUCUUACAUUUGGCUUCACAUUCACUCAUUCACCUAUUUGUUCAUCCACUUAACCACCAACACUUGCCUCUUCGCUUUGUGUAGCACAAGCAAAGAAAGUGCUUUGAAAAGGAUCAGCCAUGGAUUCCAGAAUGUCAAGGCAUUGGAUCCAUUCCUUUCACCGAAUGACACUAUACCCGCAUCUAUACCAACCCAUAAGACACUCGGGACGGCUCUCGCGCCACUAUCACCGUACAGCAAAAGCUCGAAGUCAAAGUCUAGCUUUGGAAAGCACCAGUGUCGCAGAGUCAACAUCAAGUUAUAGUCAACGGCCGUCUGUGGCUACACCCACUAGGGCUGCAACAGCGAGCUACAACAAUGUAAAGAAAACAGGAGCAACGCAGGGCUCAUCACUUUUGCGAUCCAAAUCAACUGAUGUUCUAGACUCACCCUUGUUUAGUCACCGUCGAUCAUCAAGAGGGAGAAGAUGGCCCUUUGGAGAAUCUGUCAACGAUCCUCCAAAGUAUCGUAUCAAGCCAGGAAAUGAAAGACCUCCAAGCCUCAAUAGCCUUGAUUUCAACCCUUUCAAUAAAUAUACGCCAGAAGACAAGCGCUUAGGCAACUCUCUCUCAGAAUCUGUGACAACCUCUUCCAUUUGGACUAUCAAUGCGCUCCCUCGGACAUCAGCAGCACAGAAUCGACUGGAUAUAUUGAGAUCAGGAGAGCGUAUAGACCGAAACGCCCAACAUUCAAUUGCAUCGGAGGGGGAUUGGGGAAAUCGUGAGGUCUCUUCAAUAAACGAUACAUUAAAGUGGGUUGGCUCGUCAUCGCAUACUGAAAAGCCUUUGCAAGUCCCGCCACAGUUAUUUGAUAACUACAGGCUAGACUCAGUGCAGGACCAGCUGGUCAACGAACUCAUUAUUAAAAUCAAUGAUUCGGAGAAUGCUGUAAGUAAGCAGGACUUUAUGAGUAGUCUGCAGAGGUUAGGACGAGCCACGAUGUUGCGGUGGCGCCUACCCAUCGCUUUCGUGGACUCAGCAGCAAAUCAGAAAGAUGUCAUAAGCACAGGCAUACACACAUUGCUUUCAGCACUUACUCAGUUAACUGACAAUCAUUGGGGUGGGAAACUGAUCGACAUCCUUGAGGAGCACGCUAUGUUGAAGUUCGUUGAUAACAAAGGGCUCUCCAUUCUUCUUCAUCAUGUCAACAACACAAUCCCUAAGGGUCAAACAAAAGAAGAACGACGAUGUAGGAAGCAGAGGAUCGAGGCCUUGAAAGCAGCAUUACAGUUGAGGAAUGCACGAAUGAUCGAUCACGAAGAGUGGGAAAUUCGGACAAGACAGUUCCGUCUUCAGUUAGCAUCAGCACGUGAGACAGGGGCCGCACCAGAUGAAAACGACUAUCUAUUAUUCAUGAAGAACUGUCAACAUGCAGGGAAAUUUCGAGAGUUGGAGCUGGUUUUUUAUCAUUUCCUGGAUUUUCAUCCAACUGCACGUGAAUUGGAGCAGCAACAACAGCUGCAGCUGCAAUUGCAGAACCAACGUGAAGAUCAGCUAUCUCAGAUGGAGCCAGAAAAAGCUCAACAGAUAUGUGAGCGUGUCUACCGUAGAUUCAUCAAGGCUCUAGUACGUCAGGAUAGAAUGGAGCAUGCUCAGGAGGCAUUUAAUGAUAUGAAAUCCAAAGGCAUCGUACCGUCUGCUAUCACCUUUGGAGCCUUACUUGAUGGUUACGGUCGCAAAGGGGAUUUGAAGCAGUUGAGGCUGACCCUCAGGUCCUUAUACAACGCAGGGCUCAAACCCACAAUUAAGAUUUACACAUCAUUAAUGGCCAAUUUCAUCAGAGCAGGAGAACUGGCGAGAGCUGAAGAAGUGUACCGACAAUUACAGGCAAGAUCCGAUCUCACCAUGGACCCACAAUGCGAGAAUGUAGUAGCAAACUUGUUGAGAUUGAAAGGAGAGAAUAAGACCGACCAAAGGGUUUUGGAAGGUACUGCCAUCGAUGAGAGGAGAGAGGAAGGAGAAAAAGUCGAUGAAGCCCUAGGUCUUUUCAACUCCAUGAUUUCUUACAACCACAAACUCAAGCGAUACGCAGAUGCUUCCAACAUUCCCCGGUUUAUCAAGCUCUUCCAGCGAAUCCAGGAUAGAGCAUUAACCCCUAACACAACCACAUACAAUAUUUUGCUUGACGUCUUCUUGAAUGCUGGUCAUUUGGAGGACGGACUUCAAGUUCUAGAGCAUAUGAAAACGACGAAUCAAGGAAAACCCGACGUGGUUACAUACUCAAUGUUGAUUGCUGGAGCAGUAGCGCAGGAGAAAGUUGACUUGGGCUGGGAGCUCUAUAGUGAAAUGAGAGGACGAUCAAUCUUGCCAUCUGUGUAUACUUAUGUUUCUCUAAUCGAACUGGCGGGCCUAGAUCCAAGCAGUAAAAUUGGCCGUACUAUUAUUAAACGAUAUGCUGCUCCAGGGCGUCCACGAGUUAUGUUUUCAGUCAAGCCAUCGAUUGAGGAGCAAAUUGGGCUAAAUUUUGCAGGCUCUAUCUACAGCCAACUCUGUGCCCAAGGAUUGAAGCCGAACGAGUAUGUCUUUAGUACUCUUUUAAAUCUAGCGGCCAGUGGAGGUCAUAUUGAUUUGGCGCCGCAGAUUUAUGAGGAGAUGAUCCGGCAAUCCGUUGAACCCAAUACUGCAAUCAUGACAGCAUUGAUUAAGGGCUUCGCUAUCCGUAUGGAUUUCGAUUCCGGUUGGAGAGUGUGGAGACACAUGGUCCAGUCCAAGAUUCCUAGGAAUGCGGUUACUUACCAACAUCUUAUUCGACUUUGUAAACGAUCACUACGGGGUCCGAACAAGGCGACUGAAGACUCGGUUAAUGGCUCUACAUUGGACCGACCAAAGAGACAACAAGAAGAAGGAAACUGCUAUGAAGAAGAAGAUGUCGGGAAGAAUGAGUGUGCUGAAGCAAGCCUAGAGUCCAUAUCCUCCGAGAUUCCUCCGGAGAUCAUGGCUGAAAUUCUGGAACAGAUGAAGCUAGACCAUGUUGAUUGGUCCCGUGUACAGCAGUUCAAGCACAAGAAAGUAGAUUAUCGUAUUUGGGACCCUGUUGUACGCGAAGUUGGACCCGUGACAUCGGCUGCAGCAGCGAAGGAGACUGCCGCAGCAGCAGCUUCUUUUACCUCAGAAGAUGAAUCUGGAGUACCCUUACGAGAGCGCCAAAUCCGUCCAGAAGUGGCAUUAAAUGGCCCUGACCUUGGAACAAGCUUCGCUAUGACAACAAAUAUAAAUGCAGAUGGGUCAAGCUCCUUCAUGAUCAAGGAGAUAUUCAGUGGUGGUGGCGAUGGAUAUGUCCCCAUGCGGCGUCCUCAUCCUGCGCUGAUCUUUACCUGGGACACAACAUUAUGCGCCCCAGUUCUAGGACCUGAUGCUGAUAUCAAGGCAGAAAAGGGUGGUCUCGAUCUUAAUGGUCGUUGUAAUGAGUCAAAUAGUACAAAGAGCAAUGUCAAGAAUUAGAACCUGUGUGAUUAUAUUUCAGCAUGAAUAGAUCCAUUACCAGUUGCAAUCAAUAACUUGUAUAUAUAAAUGUAGAGUAGC